UGACAGCAACGUCAACAUGACAUGACAUGACAACUUUUGUUCGCCGCGAUUGUUUCUGAUUUUUCUCAGCAUUUUGAAAAUAAAUACGUUUUCCAAUGGCUGUUCCUGAUUAUAAAUUAAGUGCUGUUUUAUGCGGGCACUCACUGGACGUGCGAUGUGUGGCUACGACAAAAGAAUUUUGUAUAUUAUCUGCUUCACGCGAUAGGACCGCAAAGCUUUGGCAUCCGGAAGGAGUCAAAGAUUUUGUGAACGUGGUGACGUAUAAAGGGCACAGGAAUUUUGUAUCGUGCGUGUGCUGGUUGCCUCCUUGUGAAGCGUAUCCUGACGGUUUGGUUGUGACGGGGAGCAAUGACAAUACAAUACUAGGGUAUAACCUGCAGGACGGCGUGAUCCAGGUGACACUAGAAGGUCACGAGAACGCCGUGUGUAGUGUAACACCUGGCAGAGAUUCUGGAAUUUUGCUGAGUUCAAGUUGGGACAGUACAGCGAAAGUAUGGAACAUAAAUGCGAGCCGCUUGCCUCCACUGUCCCUCAAGGGCCACCAGGCUGCAGUGUGGGCCGCCGUGGAACUGUUCAAUAAUACAUAUGCUACAGCAUCCGCUGACAAAACCAUCAAAUUGUGGAAGAAAGAUGGAACUGUCAUUAGCACUUUGACUGGCCACACAGAUUGUGUCAGAGCUCUAGCAGUAGCCAACCCUGAAACAUUCCUCAGCUGUUCAAAUGAUGCGUCCAUCAAACACUGGACUAACAAGGGGCAGUGCCUUAACACAUACUAUGGACAUUCUAACUAUAUCUACAGUAUCAGCAUGAACCCAGUAGUGCAGCAAGGUUUCGCGACGUGUGGCGAGGACGGCGCGGUGCGGCUGUGGGCGGGCGGGGACUGCGUCCGGGACAUCAGGCUGCCCGUACAGUCCGUCUGGAGCAUCACCUGUCUCGACAACGGGGAUAUUGUUACUGGUUCGAGUGACGGUAUAGUACGAGUAUUCACAAAGGACCCGGCGAGGUAUGCAGACGAAGCCACGCUGAAACAGUUCGAGGAAGAUGUCGCCAAGAUGCAGGCUGCCACACAACAGGAGAUUGGAGGAUUCAAGUUAUCUGAAUUACCAGGUCCAGAAGUCCUCCUAGAGCCGGGCAAGGCAGACGGACAAACGAAGCUAGUCCGUCGCGGUACCAACGUGAAGUGUUACUCGUGGAGCGCCGCGGAGAGUACGUGGAACGAGAUCGGUGACGUCAUGGGAACACCACCUUCUAGUGAGGGGAAGACUAUGUACCAGGGGAAGGAAUACGACUUUGUAUUCAGCGUGGACAUCAAGGACGGAGCGCCGCCAAUAAAACUCCCAUUCAACAAGACUGAAGACCCUUGGGUAGCCGCUCAAGCCUUUAUACACAAAAACAAUUUACCUCAAGUAUAUUUGGAGCAAGUCGCUAACUUCAUUAUAACUAAUGCUAAAUUGGAUUCACAACCUGUAUCAAGCAAUAAUGGCUUCGCGGACCCGUUCACAGGCGAGUCUCGUUACGUGCCGGGUUCUGGUUCAGUCCCGGGCCUACCGCCGCCUUCCCACGCCGAUCCCUUCACGGGGUCCGGCGCGUACACUACCGCUAGCACUACAACAUCUCGGGAGAAAAUGCUCAUACCACACGAUGCUUAUAUUAGGUUCGAUCAAGCCAACUUGAAAGCAAUUCACGACAAACUUAAGGAGUUCAACAGUAAAGUAGGAGACGGACUGAGCGCACUCACUGAUGAACAACUGGAAACUGUCGUCAAACUUUGUGAACCGAACAAUGUGUACAACAAUGAAACUAUAUCGAUAUUAAAGAGAAUGCUGGAAUGGCCUAAAGAAAUACUAUUCCCAGUAUUGGACGUGACUAGGUUAGCAGUUAGGAAUAAAGAAAUAAACGGCCAGAUAUUCGACAGGUCAUACGGGCCAACCUUCAUCAAAUAUCUACUGUCUCUUUUAGGACCAGACAAUCUCCCAGCCAACCAGAUGUUAGCGAUGCGAGUGUUAGUGAACGCAUUCAGCGACCUUCCCGGAGAGAUGCUGGUACUGGCUGCAAGAGAGAGCGUCGUGCACUCACUCAUAUGUCUCUCGCAACUCAACAAUAAUGCUCAGAUUGCAGCCACAUCAUUGCUAUUGAACCUGUCCGUCGCACUGGCUCAACAACCCGACAGUGUGGACCUCGCAGACUGCUUGGUACAACUGCUGCCCAGGAUCACAGACAAUGAAGCUUAUUUCAGAGGUUUAGUAGCACUCGGCACUCUUCUAGCAGAAUCUCCAAACAAGCUACAAAUUCAAACAAGAGUAGUGUCCAGCCCUCAACUACAUAACAGGCUGAAAAAGGACAGUGGCAACACUAUGGACCAAAAUUGCGCGAAAAUAGCAACACUGUCGCAACAAGUAGUCAGUCUCUUAUGAACAAAACUUACGCAAGUACUUUAUAAGGCUGUUAUUUAUAUUAUUAGAUUUAAAAGAUCAUUUUUGUAUGUUCAUAUUGACAUUUGUGCUCCGGAUUUGAAUAGCUGAUCUUGUCUGUGUUGGCGCUUUUUUUAUUCAUUGUUCCUUAAUUUAAUGCCCAAUUGGAAGUGGUAACUUGUCACAAAUAAGCAAUAAUUAGUAAUUGCAUCGAUACUGCCUUCGAUUAGGAUUAUAUGGCUAUCUUAUUCUAUGGAAAUGUUUAUCGUGUUGGUGCGAGGACAAGAUUACAGAUAAAAUAUUAGAAUAAUUAAAAACUCCAUUGUUGUUGUAUUACUUGUCGUUUUAAAUCGUACGACUUCGAAAUGUAAUAUGGAUAUGAACUAUUAACACUGUUAGGACUGGUUAAGUCUAUUUUUUAUUACAUAGUUGAAUGAAACAUGGUAAUAGAUGAAAUGUAUUGUAUUUCAUAAUGUACAUUAACUUGCUACCCGUCAUCAAUGGAAGCUUGGUUUGAUACCAGACACUGCAGCAAUAAUAAUAAAUUGUAUAAAAUAUUAAAAUAAAA